AUGAGCGAGCGAACUCACCGCGCCGACGAGCGGCGUUUUCUUGACGAGCGUGGUAGCAGCGCCACCCUCGCGCCCAAUGGCCUCAACCCGGCAACCAUCAUGGAGAAGGCUGUGCGCGAGCGCAUAGUCGACUCGUACUUCUUCAAAGAGCAGUGCUUCGCCGUCAACGAGGCCGACAUUGUCGACCGUGUCGUCGACCACGUGCACUUCAUAGGUGGCACAUACGGCUCCGCCCAGCGGCCCACCCCGUUCCUGUGCCUCGCCUUCAAGCUGCUGCAGCUCGCGCCGCCCGACGAUGUCCUGCGCGAGUACCUCCGCUUCGGCGGCGACCGCUUCAAGUACCUCCGCGCCCUCGCCAUCUUCUACAUCCGCCUGACCCGCCGCGCCCGCGACGUCUACACCCUGCUGGAGCCCUACCUCGAGGACCGCAGGAAACUACGCCGCAAGGGCCGCGCCGGCACCACCUUGACGUACAUGGACGAGUUUGUCGACGACCUGCUCGUCAAGGACAGGGUUUGCGGCACGAGCCUGUGGAAGAUGCCGAGCCGCGACCUGCUGGAGGAUUUGGAUGAGCUGGAGCCGAGGGUCAGCCCGCUUGGCGAUAUUGAGGAUCUUCUGGAGGAGGACGACGAGGGCGAGGUAGAGGAGAAGAAGGACCAGGACGCGCACAUGGAGGAAGACGGUCGUGGCAGCGAGAACGGAGACGGUGGAGAGAGGAGGAAUGAUGUUGAGAGGAAUGGCCGUGAUGACGACGAGGACGGAUCGGAGGGCCAGAUGGAGGUCGACCGGGAAGAAACGCCUAACAACCGAGACGGUACUCCUUGA